AACCAAGCCAGUAUCUCUCUGAACCUCGUGAGGAGAGCUUCUUAUUUCUUUUUUUCUUCUUUCAAUCCUGACAUACAACGUUCCCUGCCCUACAAAAAAGAAAAAAAAUUUUUGCUACCGAUCGUCAGGAUAUCCACCACCAGUCUGUUUCAUCAUCCACCUCUUAAGUUUCAUUUUUGUUUUGAACAAGGAUCAUUUUUUGCAUUAUGCAUUAAUUUUCCUCUCACUGCUACCUUAGAAAUACAUAAUUUCUUCUAGAACAAUUGUUCUAUUAGCAAUAAAAUUGUUGUAUUAGCAAUACAACAAAUUAUAGAAUAUUAUAAUUGAUGAAUUAUAAAUAAAUAUUCUUUGUAAAGAUUACAAAAAGAAAAAGUGCUUAUUGGAAUGUCUAGUGAGUUAAAAGACAAGUGUAGUGAAUAAAAACAUAUUGGGACAUUCUACAAUUGAAAAUUUGGACUUCCUUGAGUGUUGUGCAAAAAGUUUGGAGUAAAUUAAAGAACUAUUUAUUGAAAAAUUUUGUGAUUUUUGUGAAAUUACGGAUGAUGAUGGAUACGAAGAUGGAGCCUCUAACGCCUCCACACACUCCCCCCUCUUCGGGAAUCGAUCGGCUACACCCGCAAGGUGCUUCUGCUCCAAGGUGGAUGAGGAAUCCUCAAAUUCAUCUGCCGCAACAUCAGCAGCAGCAUCAGCAACAGCAGCAGCAUCAUCAUCAUCAUCAACAGCAUCAACAAUUGCCGCAACAAACCGGUGGUUAUCAUGCUGCAUUUUUGGAUCAUUGGAUGAGGGGUGCUAUUUUAGCAGCUAGGGGUUGUUGUCCUCAGAGUCCAUUGUCUCCCCAUCAUCAUGGACCACCUCAUCAUCCCAUGCAUUCCGCUCUUCCAGUACCGCCCCCCGCCUCCUUUCUCACCAAGAGGCUUCCCGGUCAAAGACCCAAGAAGCAGUUUAUUUGCAAAUUUUGCAACAGGCAAUUCACCAAGAGCUACAAUUUACUUAUACACGAGAGGACUCACACCGAUGAGAGGCCAUAUUCCUGCGAAAUUUGCGGAAAGGCCUUCAGAAGGCAGGAUCAUCUAAGAGAUCACAGGUACAUUCACAGUAAGGAAAAGCCGUUCAAGUGCGCAGAUUGUGGAAAGGGUUUUUGCCAAAGCAGAACUUUGGCUGUUCAUAAAAUUCUCCACCUCCAAGAAUCACCGCAUAAAUGUCCAAUUUGUGCGAGAAGUUUCAAUCAACGCAGUAAUUUGAAGACACAUCUUGCAACACACACCGAAGUACCGCAGGAUCUUCGAAUAGAUCCACCAAUGACAACAGAAAGUAUGGACACAUCAAAUGUUCUAAAGUCCAGCGAAAGAAUAAGUUCCACGAGAAAAUUGGGUUUCAGUAUAGAAGACAUAAUGAGGCGUUAGAAAUUUACAUCCACCCAAUAAAGACUGUUAAAAAUUAAUUUAUGCACUCGUCAAAAACUAAUUUUUUAGUCUAUAAAAAUUGUUUCGUUUUAAAAGAUUUUAUGUUUUGAAAAAUUGUCCUAAUACCAAAGGUGUAUCCUCUUAUUUUAUUUUUCUCUGUUUAUGUAAAUAUUUCAUUUAAAGUUUUAAAUUAUAUUAACUGUAAAUUAUCAAGGAACCCCCCACGUGAGACAAAUUUGGACCUCCGGAGAGAAAUUUUCUGAUGUGCAUUGUCUCUUUCUCUCUGAACGUGGGACGUAAAUUGUUGUGUAGGUUUAAGUUUCUAGAGAUUAAAUUGUAUUUACGAUCUGUUUCGACUGACGAUCAUCCAAAAGUGUAAAAGUAGAUAGUCUAUAGUUGAUAAGAAAUUGUAUGAAUAUGGAAGAGCCAAAAAUGAUGCUAAAUAUUCUCUAGGUGCUAAUCGAGUAUUUUUUUUCUGUUUCUCAACGGUCAUCGUAAAAAAUUAGGAAAUCUUGAUCUGAUAAGAAAGUUGGGCUCCUUCCUUUUUCCAGUGACCUGUAAAUAGUCUUUUCUUCUUUUUUUUUAAAGGACCACCCACAUGUGUUAGUAUUUUUAUUUUCAAAAAAACAAACUUCAUUUUAAGCACGUCCCAUUAUUUGUCAAUUCCUCGAUGUUACCACUAAUUUAAGAUCGGUGUAAAUAGCGCAUAUAUUUAUAAGAGAUAUAGUUGCCAAAGGGGGACUCCUAGGUGUAAAUUUUGUCUUUUAGGUGUCGUCGUCGUCGUCAGCUUAUCUCUCGACGCUUAAGAGUCGCCCGGAGCGUUAAGUACCUAAGCCUGUACAUUAAUUGUAAGUGCCGCCCGCGGACACCCAAGGUUUCAAGAUUAACGUGUAAAGAUAUGCACCUAUACCAAAAAAAGAGAAAAGAAAAAAAAAAAUACCGAGAGAAAUUAAAAAAGAAAAACUGAGAGUCACCAUUCAGUCCUAGUCGACUAUGUAGAUUGUAGUGUGUAUUAAAGAUUUAUUGUUAUUGAGUGGAAAUAGAUAAAAAGUAGUAUGAA